AUGUCAGCGACAACACCUACACGCUCAGAAGCAGAGGCUCUCAUGGAAUGGAAAGCCAGCCUCUUGUCAGCACAAGCUCUCGAUUCAUGGUCGCUUCCUGCUGCUAAUUCUACCACCAACACAAUCUCUCCAUGCAAAUGGAUUGGUAUCUCAUGCAAUGUUUUUGGAAGCGUAACAGUGAUAAGUUUAGGAAGUGCAGGCUUGCAAGGUAAGCUCGAUAACUUGAGCUUCCCAUCAUUUCAAAACCUCCUCCAUCUUAAUCUCUGUCGUAACAAUCUCAGUGGAACCAUCCCAGCCCAUAUUGGCACUCUUUACAAACUUACGUUCCUUGAUCUGUCUGAAAAUAAAUUAAGUGGAUCAAUACCUCUGGAUAUAGGGAAUCUUGUGAAUUUGAAUGAGCUACUCUUGUCCAUUAACCAUCUAGAUGGUUCGAUCCCUUCCACUUUAAGAAACCUGACAAACCUGAAGAUCCUCUACCUCUUUGAAAACCAACUUUCAGGUUCAAUUCCCGCAGAAUUAGGUAAUCUAAAGAAUCUGGUUGAGCUAGCAUUGUACUGUAACAAUCUCACUGGGUCCAUCCCUCUUGCGUUAGGUAAUUUGAACAACAUUACAAAAUUAUUUCUCUACGAAAACCAACUUUCUGGUUCAAUUCCUCCAGAAAUAGGGAAUCUGGUUAACCUCACGUAUCUUGAUAUGUCCACUAACCUUCUAACUGGUUCCAUCCCUUCCACUUUAGGAAACCUGACAAAGCUGACGGUCCUCCAAAUCGCUGAAAAUCAAAUUUCUGGUUCCAUCCCUUCCACUUUAGGAAAGUUGACCAAGCUUACUGACUUGAACCUUAUUUUCUGUCAAUUAUCCGGUUCCCUGCCUCAAGAAAUGACAAACAUGACAAAUCUUUCUAAAUUCUACUUGGAUGGCAACAACUUUUCUGGCUAUUUACCUCAUUUAUGUGAAGGUGGAUCACUUGAAGUCUUCAAUGCAGUUGAUAAUCACUUCAUUGGUCAAAUCCCAAAAAGCUUCAGAAACUGCACCAGCUUAACAAGAAUGCGACUUAAUGGAAACCGACUCACUGCAAAUGUAUCAGAAGCCUUUGGUGUAUACCCAUCUCUCAAAUUCAUGGAUUUCAGCGACAACAUGUUGUUUGGUGAACUCUCGCCGAACUGGGGAGAAUGCCGAAACUUGACAGAGCUACAAUUCUCCGGGAACAUGAUCACUGGUAGAAUUCCUCCUGAGAUUGGGCAAUUGAUGCAGCUAGGAGUACUUGGUCUUUCUUCGAACCAUCUAGUAGGAGAGAUUCCAAAGGAAUUUGGGAGGCUGACUUCUUUGUUCAACUUGACUUUAAAUGAUAACCAACUUUUUGGUCAGGUACCCCAAGAGAUUGGAAAUCUAUCCAAUUUAGAGGUUCUUGACCUGUCGAUGAAUCACCUAAGUGGUCCAAUACCACCUCAAUUAGGAGAUUGCUUCAAACUUCGGUAUCUGAAAUUGAGUGGAAAUGUUUUGAAUGGAAGCAUUCCAUUUCAGAUCGGUAACCUGGAAUACCUACAGGUCCUCUUCCUAACAACAAAGCCUUUCAGAAGGCUCCUGCAAAGGCAUUUGUAA